AUGGCUCCAGUCACAGGAUCGCGACAGUCAGAAAGCGGCGUGGCCCGCCUGCUAGGCUCAGGCUCAGCAGGCAUCGCCGAGCUGAUGGUCUUCCACCCAGUCGACACAACUACAAAGCGGCUCAUGAGCCAUCAAAGCAGGAUAACGUCGUUAUCAGCACUCAACAAAGUGGUCUUCAGAGAAUAUGCUUCAGCGGGCACGGGGAAGAAAUUCACAAGCUUAUUCCCUGGACUCGGCUACGCGGCCGCCUACAAAGUCAUGCAAAGAAUAUACAAGUUCUCCGGUCAAGCCUACGUCCGAGAUUUUCUCACCGCACACUUCACACCGCAGUUUACCGCUACCUUUGGCGCCGGCACAGGCAAGGCCAUGCUUUCUGCCACCGCGGGCUCACUGAUUGGCAUCGGCGAGAUCAUUUUGCUGCCGCUCGACGUGCUGAAAAUCAAGCGCCAGACGAACCCGGAAGCGUUCCGGAAUCGCGGGUUUCUGAAGAUUGUGGGAGAUGAGGGAAUGGGACUAUACAGGGGUGCGGGCUGGACGGCGGCGAGGAAUGCGCCGGGCAGUUUUGCGCUGUUUGGGGGCAGUGCGUGGGCGAAGGAGAAGGUGUUUAAGUUGGAGGAUUAUAACAAGGCGACGUGGGGCCAAAAUUUUGUUGCGAGUAUAUGCGGCGCAGCAGCCUCUCUGAUCGUCUCCUCCCCGCUCGAUGUGAUCAAGACUCGAGUACAGAACAAGAAUUUCGAGAACCCAGAAUCGGGCAUGCGGAUCUUGGCGAAUAUGGUCAAGAACGAAGGUAUUGGGUCGUUCUUCAAAGGGCUGACGCCCAAGAUGCUCAUGACGGGGCCGAAGCUGGUGUUCAGCUUUUGGCUUGCGCAGACGCUGAUUCCGGCUUUUGGGAAGGUGGUUUGA